GGUGUACCGCAAUUUGGAAAUUUUGGUAGUCAACUUCCUAUAGAUCAAAAUCCGGGUGUUUCGCCAUUUGGAAAUUUUGGUAAUCAACUUCCCAUGAAUCAAAAUCCAGGUGUACCGCAAUUUGGAAAUUUUGGUAGUCAACUUCCUAUAGAUCAAAAUCCGGGUGUUUUGCCAUUUGGAAAUUUUGGUAAUCAACUUCCCAUGAAUCAAAAUCUAGGUGUACCACAAUUUGGAAAUUUCCGUAAUCAACUUCCUAUAGAUCAAAAUACAGGUGUUUCUCCGUUUGGAAAUUUUGGUAAUCAACUUCCCAUGAAUCAAAAUCCAGGUGUACCACAAUUUGGAAAUUUUGGUAAUCAACUUCCUAUAGAUCAAAAUCCAGGUGUUUCGCCGUUUGGAAAUUUCGGUAAUCAACUUCCUAUGAAUCAAAAUCCAGGUAACAUUCAAUUAGGACACUUUAGUGGCCAUAUGGAAAUAAACCAAGAUCCUAGUGUUGCACCUUUUGGAAAUUUUGGAAAUAAUGCAUCAAAUAUAAUAGGAGGUAUGUCUCCUCAUGCUAGAAUAAGUAAUAAUGGAAAGAACAAAGGAAGAAGAAAUACUAAGGGAACAAAUUCGGAAGAAAUAGAAAUGAUGGAUGUAACUGAACAAGGGUGUUUAGAAUCCUCAACGAAAAUGAAUCAACCAAUAUCUCACAAUAGCACUAGAGAAAAUGAUAAUAUUUCAAAAUUAAGAAAACAAUGGAAGGAUACAGUUCAUAAUGAUUGGAAAAAAAAUAUGGCCUGA